AUGCCGGAGAAGCCGCCGUUUGAGCCGCCCCAACCGCCCGUCCAGGUUGCGGAAAUGGCCAGGAUGUAUCCCGCAACUCAUGCGCACAUGCUGAAGCGGUCCGACUACGUGUCAAAUGUUUAUGCAAUUCAGAAUCUCCUCGAAAUCGGAGACCCGGGAUGGAAUUGUGAGCCCAAGGAUGUGAAAUUGGCCUACCAAGUCAUUGGCAGUAACCUCGAAUCCUGGGUUGUCGACUACGCCCUCGCGGAUCUUGGGAAGGACUGGGAAACACUGAGGGCGAGGUUUCCCCGGAUGGUCCGGAAAUACUGCGCGGAGACUUUGGCGGGCGCUUUUCUUUACAAAACCAUUCUAACGAAGAUCUUCCAGCAAUCGUUCUGGUAUCUCGAUGGACAUUCGAACGAGGACCAAAGGGACGAUCAAGGGUUUGCACCAAAGCUUCAGUAUCUUUAUGAGCGAUUCUUUCAGACAAACCCCAAAGCUGCGGUCGUGUGGAAGCGAGCGACCCAUCGUCUGGCUAAAGCGACACGUCCCGGGCAAGCUCGGGACCUGGACUUUGGCAAAUACAACCAGCAACGUCAGGAAGAUGCGAUCCAAACCUGGGCCGACGAGUUACUGGCCAGUGAGACGUUUGGUCUGCUGCUCAUUUCGCGACUGACGCGGAAAGACCUGGCUCAACGGCGGGACGAUCUCCUCCUCAUUUUCCAAAAAGCCGUGGCUGCGAUGGAAAGGUGCGAAGCAUUUCUGGGCGGCCACAUCGAACUACGGAGCCUGUCCAAACUGAACGAAACAUACCAGCCUGGGACGGAAAAUAUGGUUCACCAUUUCUGCCACGGAACCACCAGCCAGGGCUCGACUCUGGAGGGGCGUCGGAUCCUGCUCGUCACUCAGCCGACAGUAAUCUACCAUCAUCAUAAUGUGGCCCCGGGGCCCAAUCACCAAUCCACCGCCACGAUCAUUAGCAAAGCUUCAGUGGUAUUGGAAAAGAAAGACCAGGAUGCGGGGAGCAGUGAGGACGACCACGACAUGGAUAUCUCGGGCCUCGCGGGGGCGGAGAUCCGGCGGAGGAAGAACACAGACCGGGAUGAUUUUGCGCCACUUCCCGACAACGAAUGGGCCGGGGUGAACCUCUUGUGA